AACCUUCAUUCACACAACUCAAACCUAACCAAAUAAUACUUGUCAAGACCAAAUAAAAAUGCAUUUCUCUUCCUCCUUCGAUUCGACAACCCUAAUAAAACUGGGAGCUCUUUUUCUUUUUCUUCAAGUAUCAUUGUCUCAUGCUCAAUUAAGCCCUUCCUUUUAUGACAAAACAUGUCCACAAGUAGUUGACAUUGUAACCAAUACCAUUGUGAAUGCGCUAAGAUCAGAUCCUCGCAUCGCAGCGAGCAUCCUUCGUCUUCACUUCCACGACUGCUUUGUUAAUGGAUGUGAUGCAUCGAUAUUGUUAGACAAUACAACAUCGUUUAGGACGGAGAAAGAUGCGUUUGGGAACGCAAAUUCAGCUCGUGGGUUCGAUGUGAUCGAUAGAAUGAAGGCUGCCGUGGAGAAAGCAUGUCCUAAAACCGUUUCAUGUGCUGAUUUGCUCACUAUCGCGGCUCAACAGUCUGUCGUUUUGGCAGGAGGUCCCUCAUGGAAGGUUGCAAGUGGAAGAAGAGAUAGCUUAAGAGGGUUUAUGGAUCUUGCUAAUACAAACCUUCCAGCUCCAUUCUUUAAUCUAAAACAACUUAAGGAUAGCUUCAAAAAUGUUGGACUGGAUCGUCCUUCUGAUCUGGUAGCUCUCUCCGGUGGUCACACUUUUGGGAAAAACCAAUGUCGGUUCAUAAUGGACCGCCUAUACAACUUCAGUGGUUCCGGUUCACCUGAUCCAACCCUUGAUAAAUCAUACCUCAGUACGCUCAGGAAGCAAUGUCCUCGCAAUGGAAACCAAAGUAUCCUGGUGGAUUUCGAUUUACGUACUCCGACACUCUUUGAUAACAAAUACUAUGUUAAUCUUAAAGAAAACAAGGGUCUUAUCCAAAGCGACCAAGAGUUGUUCUCUAGUCCUGAUGCUUCAGACACUAUCCCCUUAGUCCGAGCAUAUUCCGAUGGUCAAGAUAAAUUUUUCAAUGCCUUCACGGAGGCAAUGAAAAGGAUGGGAAACCUUUCACCUUUAACAGGGAAACAGGGAGAAAUUAGACUGAACUGUAGGGUGGUGAAUUCCAAAUCCAAGAUCAUGGAUAUGGUAGAUGAUAAUGACUUUGUCAGCUCGAUUUGAGGAACUAUGUAUUUCUCUCUAUUAAUAAGUGAUAAAUGUUAUCGAGAUGUAACGUUUGAGAUUUAUGAUAAACUUCUUUAAAUCUCGCUUAAA